CUUGACCUUAAUGCACAUUCAUCACAUGUUUGGGAUGCUGUUUCAGAGGCGCGUUGCCAAAUAUACUGGCAGAAAUCCCGAAGACGGCCCACAGCAGCCAACCAACGCUGCCCAGUUUCAAGAAAGGCUUGACGAAAUCGUGCAGAACGCAAACAAAGCUUGUAGUAACUUCAUGCUCUGUAGAGAAUACACUCCCCGUGGACACGAAGACUGUUAUCAGUACAUUAAUGAAAUCAACGUUCGCCUACAGACCUGCGAAUUCGUUCGCAGAUUCUUCAAGGGAGGCAUGCCAGCAUACCUCUCCGAGAGAAAGAGCGGACAAAACGUUGAUUUUAUCAGAGAAAGCGUGACGGAGAUAGAGGAUCUCAUUAUGGAGUGUUACAACGUGGUGUUGCUUCAUAUUCACGACAUCUCGCUCCAGAAAGCCGUCUUGUGGUACGCGGAUCUGUUUCACGGUUGUAGCGACCAACUUAGAGCUCUCGUUGUCGAUGACUCUUUAUCUUCUCGACGAUUUGAGCUGAUAGCCAAAAAGCUUGAAUUUUCUCGCAAGGACAAUUUUACUUGCGUUGAUGCCUCUGUAUCACCAGAAAAGAUCGCUAGCCUUGUCCAGGUGCUUGAAAGCAUCUUUGACCAUGAAAAGAUGUACAAUGAUUCACCCAAGUGCAAAAUAGAGCUGGACUACAAAGACUGGCUGAUGGCAAUAAGAAACCCGUGUUUACAAAGAGUUUACACACUGGAGGAGGUUGUGGCUCGAGUCAGACAUUGGCACGAGUCUGUUCGCAGUCCCCAGUCAUCCUUCUACCUGUUCAUUCUGUUGAGUCUUCUAGGAUUCGGAAGUGUAUCGAAAAAGGGGAACAACGAGAGUCUUCUAGAAGCUCAGAUGUUGCGGGAGGAAAUGCAGAAGCUCAGCAAGCUGGUGGUGCGUCCUCGAUGCCCUCGCGAGUGGCUCGGCACAUAUGACUCCGAAGACAUCCGGCGCCUCGUGUCUAACAACGCCGUGGGUCACGUGGACAACCGAAGGAUCAAGAACGGUUAUUCCAGAGCAAAACUUGCCGUCUGCAAGGGAACUAUUUGCCCAAAAAACAAAAAGGUUGCAGGAGAGAUAAACCUUGACCUCGGGGAAAACUGCACACCUGUCCAUGUCUUCUACGUCCCAUCCUUAGUAAUCUGGAAGGUUCACGGUAUGUAGGUGAACGGGUACAGUUUUACCUGGCCUUCACGCUUCAAAACGGCUACGAGGCGUAUGAGGUAAAUCUAUUAGACAGGUACCGCUGUGACGUAUGUAGCGCCAAGGUAGAGAUGAUGCUGGAAGAAGAGGAGACAACUUGUCAUUGCGGCUCAACUGUUACAAAAAACGAGCAUGCGGUGAUAAAUCGAAGUCCCGCAGAUGAAGACUCGUAAUGAGUCCCCGACUACUUUCAAAAAAAACUUGCAAAGACGUAUUUUUGUUCCGUACUGCAUCUUUGAGAGAAUCAAUGUUGGCAAUGAUAUGUUUAAUGCAUUCUGUGCUGCAGACCACUUCAAAAGUGCUUCAAAACCUCUGUCCCUCAGUGGGUUUACCCUCCCCCCGAUAUUCUUGUCUGCAGUUGGAUGAAUGUUGCUCUAAAGAUGCUUAAAAUAUCAUCUCUGUCUGUCUCUAUCUACAAAAUAAUCAAAAUAUACGGAAGCUUCCACGGAUUUACAAAUCAUGCUUUUCUACAAUUCCUGUCACUGUUGAGAGUUUCACAGGAAUUAUGUUACUUUUUUAUUCAUUUUGUGCUAAUAUCUGUUUUAUUUCAUGUGUUUGAGAAGUUGUUGUAAUGAGCUACAGGUUCCUGUCAACAAGUGCAGUUAUUUUUUAACUCUAGAAGAACCCCCAUGAUGAGCAGUUUACAAAGCUGUGUUCUGCUGCCGUGAUUUACACGAACAAGAAGACAAAAAUAAAGAUAUUGUGU